CACAACCACCACACCACACCUCCGCUCGAGACUCCGCCGACUCACACCAAUCCACCGGCCACUAACCCCGCGGCCACUCAUCGCCGCCGCUUUGGACGACGUCGUUGUGUUGACUGGGUUCCGCUGAGCCUGGGAAACACGCAUUGGGGCAAUCCGAAUCCACACGGGACUGGUCAGCACUCUGCCACGGAUGGGCCGCCAGCAGCGACAAUGGCUUAUCAACCGCCACAAGGUCGUCACUACGCGCGCAACACGCCCGCCGAAAUAAAUCCUGCGAGCAGCGGGCAGCGCGAUGCAGCUUUUGCCAACAUCUUCGGCGGUGCUCCGCCUGGGAGGACGGGUGGGACGCAGGAGCGAGCAAACACCAUGUCGGCGGCCACGCAGCAGUACAUGCAGCGGGCCCCGCCCGUGAGGAUGGGUCAACAGCCGAACGGCUAUCCCCGACCACCCAGCUCUUCAGACGGCAGCGUGAACGGGCAGCCAGCGUACGGCAUGAAUGGACAACCGGGACAACAACGACGACCGCCCCCGCAGAAUCUGCCCCAACCAAUUCGCCCCGAUCGAGUGCCAUAUGGCCAGCCGCAGCGUCUUGACCAACGAAUGCCAGCUCCGCCAGGCCCAUAUCAGCGCUCCUUUAGCGGAAGACCUGGCGCCCCAGGCCCUGCGUUGAGCACCGACUCCUUUCGCACACAAUCGCUCGCCUCUGUGCCGCGUCCCAUGUAUCAAGGGCCUGGAGGCAGUUACCAGGCUGCUCCUGCCCAGGCGUUUCGACAGCAGCCAUAUGUGAAUCAGCACUUGGCCAGGACUACGGCUCAAGGUCGCGUAGUGCCUGACAGGCCGCAAGAUGAGCGCACGAUGUCCAUGUCUUCAUACACGCGUGAUGCCGAUUUCACGCAGACAAUGAGUGGGAGGGUGAUACCCAAUAGAAGACGAGAGUCUGGCGAUACCGACAUGAGCAGCUCGACCAUGACUAACGGGCAUGGCGAUCCUCGCAAUGGCUUUGCGGGCAACGGGAGACAUCCAAGUGGCAGCAGCCAUACUACCCAGGGCUCAAGGACAAUGUCUAUGGCAUCGACGGCCGUGUCGCCAAGCGAGGCACAGCGCCAAGGAAGUAUGCCACGAUCCGACAGCCAACGCACUGGAACGAUGGUCGCGCAGAAGCGGCCCUCACUCGUAUACGGCGCAUUGUUGUCGAAUGUUGCAGCGGCGUUUCGUGAAAGAGUAUCAUUGAGGGAUCAGAUCAAGGAUGGUUUGGAAUACAAGAAUGCCUUCACGGGCUUCGAGGCUGUGGAGCUGAUCGCGUACGUGAUCAGAACUUCCGACCGUAAUCUGGCGCUUCUUUUGGGCAGGUCUUUGGACGCGCAGAGGUUUUUCCACGAAGUAACAUACGCGCAUCGAUUGCGAGACUCUCCCAACGAGGUCUACCAAUUCAAGGAGACGAUCAAUGAGGAACCUCCGGAGGUCAACGGCGUCUUCACACUCUUGACAGAAUGCUAUUCGCCGACGUGCAAUCGGGAUAACCUGUGUUACUCCAUCGCUUGUCCACGUCGCCUGGAACAGCAGCAGCGAUUGAAUAUGAAAAUCACGCCAGGUCUGAAGCGCGAGACGUCUCGAUCCAGUUUGCAUGACGAAGUUGACACGGAACAAAAGUUGUGGAUCAACACCGUCUCAAAGGAAGUCUCGGACAGCGUGAGCGAACGAGAGAAGAAGCGUCAAGAGGUCAUUUCCGAACUGAUGUAUACCGAGCGCGACUUCGUCAAGGAUCUGGAAUAUCUACGGGACUUCUGGAUCAAGCCGCUCAGGCAGCCUGACCACUCCCCAAUUCCUGAGCACAGGCGAGAGAAGUUCAUCCGAACAGUCUUCUCCAAUUGCCAAGAAGUUCACUCUGUCAACGCGCGCAUGGCACAAGCCCUGACACGACGACAACAACAGAAUCCGGUGGUAAGGAACGUGGGUGACAUCUUCCUGGAGUACGUGCCUCAAUUCCACCCUUUCAUCCGGUACGGCGCAAGCCAGCUAUUUGGAAAAUUCGAAUUUGAGAAAGAGAAAGGCUCAAAUGCUGCAUUCGCUCGUUUUACCGAACAGACUGAGCGCUUGAAGGAAUCUCGGAAGUUGGAGUUGAACGGCUACCUCACCAAGCCGACAACACGUUUGGCCAGAUAUCCUCUGCUUCUCGAGAAUGUCUUGAAGCACACCGACGAGAACAAUCCCGAUAUGAAGGACAUUCCCAAGGCCAUCGAACAGAUCAGACAUUUCUUGAGCCGAGUCAACGAAGAGUCUGGCAAAGCAGAGAACCACUUCAACCUGAUGAGCUUGAAUUCGCAACUAAAAUGGGGCCAGAUCCCGCACAUGGACUUGAAACUGACCGAAGAAUCGCGGCAACUCAUUUUCAAAGGCAAUCUCAAAAAGACGCCUACGGCUGAGCAGGCUCAUGUCACUGCUUAUCUGUUCGAUCAUGCCGUUCUCAUCGUCCGGGUCAAGACUGUCAACAAGAAGGAAGAAAUCAGAGUAUACCGAAAGCCAAUUCCACUGGAGCUACUACAAAUUCGCGAAAUGGACUAUGUGCUGCCAAAGAUGGGCAUUGCAAAGCGACCCUCGUCAAGCAUGAUACCCGGCAUUGGUCGUGUCGGCACGCGACCACCUCCGAACGAACAAGGCUAUCCGAUCACGUUCAAAGGCCUUGGAAAGGGCGGUUACGAGCUGACCCUUUACUGUACCUCUCAGGUGCAGCGUGAAAAGUGGAUGGAGCACAUUAUGACACAGAAAGAGAAGCUGUCUGAGCGCCACAAGAUCUUCACAAUGGCCAAAUUGAAUGAAGGAUUCUUCAACGCGACUGUCCGAGUUAAUUGCUGCAGGCCAAUAGACGGCGGCAGGAAAUUAGUGAUUGGAACGGACUUCGGCGUGUACGUCUGUGAUAGAAAACCGAAAGACGCGUCGCAGAAACCAAAACGCAUGCUGGACAUCAAGCUGGUGACGCAGCUGGAAGUGCUUGAACAACAUCAGAUCAUCAUCGUACUGGCCGACAAGGCGGUCUACAGUUUCCCACUGGAGGCACUUGAGGACGAGAGCUCGCAAGCACCUUCAAAGCGCGGCCGAAGGAUAUGUCAUGCCAAUUACAUCAAUGCAGGCACAUGCAAUGGCCAGACGCUUGUGUGCUGUGUCAAGUCCAGUUCACUCUCCUCCACCGUCAAGGUCUUCGAGCCGAUGGACUCCAUGACCAAGGGCAAGAAGAAGUCCGGCUUUGCCAAAAUGCUUGCUGGUGGACAAGAAGUUCUGAAGCCUUACAAGGAGUUCUACAUCCCCAUGGAAAGCAAUAGCAUCCACUUCUUGCGCAGCAAGAUCUGCGUCGGUGGUGCCAAAGGCUUCGAAAUUGUCUCGCUCGAGACUCUGGAAACACAAUCCCUCCUCGACCAGGCCGACACUUCGCUUGACUUCGUCGCACGUCGUGAGAACGUCAAGCCAAUCUACAUCGAACGUAGCACUGCCGAGUUUCUGCUUUGUUACAAUGAUUUCUCCUUCUAUGUCAACAAGAACGGAUGGCGAGCUCGAGGCGACUGGAAGAUCCUUUGGGAAGGAUCACCAAAUGCUUUCGCGACGUGGGGUGAAAAGUACAUCCUUGCAUUCGAGCCGGAGUUCAUCGAGAUUCGGCAAAGCGAUACGGGUGGGCUGGUCUGCAUACAGACGCAUAAGAACAUCCGCUUCUUGCACCAGAGCACGAGAGAGAUACUCUUCGCGUACGAAGACGAAGUCGGCGACGAUGUCAUUGCCUCUCUGGACUUCUGGGGCCGCCCACAGUCUCCUCAAGCUCAGGUCAAGUAGAAUGUUACCCCAACAGAGGAUGAUCAUGUCGAAGAAACGAAUCAAGCGCAAAAUACGCAAGAAGAAACAUGGCCUAUCAAUGCAUCAACAGGCAAAGGGAAGCAGAAAGCGCUCAUGUGAAACGGACAGCGCUACGCGCAAGCACAACAGAGCGCGACAAAGCCGUGGCCAACGCUCGUGGACUUGUCAGGAAUACUGCCAGUCCACGACUGCCAUGUCGUUGAUGUCUCCUACAAGCGCACACGCCAUUUGCCUUGAGACUGGUGGUGAAAAUGAAGGAGAGAGGAGGUGCGCGAGAAGCAGAGCCGGGUCGAGCGCGUACAAGCCUUGCAAGAUCUGGCUGUUGCGCACUAUCUGUGACUGUGUCGGGAGGAGUGCACGCAACACCGGUCAUCAAGUCGAGCGUUCCGCGAGAAAGACCUGAUACAGUGCGAUUCGGAGGGGAAAUGAAGAGGGCAGGCAGGGCUGCUGUGUAUGUAUAUAUAUGAAUAUACCCGGGUUUGACACGCGUGUGAGAGCGGAUGAUGUGACGGAACGGUGAUAGAGAAAAGACGCAGAGUCGAGCCCGCGGUGCGGCAGUGACGAUUACGGGGAUGCAAGUAGGGCGCAGCAGACAGAUGAGAUACAUGUAAUGAUGAAGGACAGCAUAAGAAGACGACGAGAAACAAUCAAGGUGCAUGUGAAAGAUGAUGGCAUUUCAUCUCUAGCUUCUCUGCCUGUCUCUUGAAAUUAU